AUCGGGGAACGGUGAGGAUCGAUUUCGAUGCUUCUAUUUUUAAACGGGACUCUGUUUGCAAACAAAAUUUUCGCAUCGCUUCUGUCAGAAAAACACGAUCGUGAAAAGUGACUCAACUGGUAGGGUAAAUUCGAAUCAGUGCCGUCCUCGACAAACGUAAACAAACUCAACAAAACAAAAUUUAAUCGACGAUUUAGGUCAGAAGCGUCCAAAUGUCUUCAACGGCGGAAACGGCCCUGUGCCGAGUUUGUGCCAACCCGUUCGAAAGCUCCACCAUGAUCCGGCUGUUUGACGAAGCGAAUGGUUCGCUGGCGUUGGCAGAGAUCUUCCUGCAAGUCUCCGCAGUUUCAGUUGGAGAUUCCAGACUUCCGAAAUGCUGCUGCUUGCGCUGCAAGAACCGGCUGAAGGAAGUGGAAGAUUUGAGGGCGUUGUGUCAGGAGUCGGACCGGAAGUUGCGCAAAAUGAUUGGCGAUGAUAGGAACGAGGAGGAAAGCGUCGAAAUUUUGCCAAAAGUGGAAGUAUUCGAAUAUUCAGAAUCAUACUCGUGCUGGAGCGAUCCGGAGCACAGGUUUAGCUCCUGUGACGAUGAAAAGGAUUCUAGCUUAGUGGAGCAAAAGAAGGCUAAAAGACGCUCAAAUCGAAAGGUUAAGACAGAAUGCAAAAGCGAUGUUACAUAUCAAAUAGAUCCAGAAAAAGAGGUUCCUGCCAGCCAUAAGCAAUCCGAGGAUGAUCCAGACUAUGUUGAACCGAUUUCGAAAAAAUCGAAGAAGGCAAAGUCCGAAUCACAAUUUAACAAAACGCCUAACCCGACCGGAGAACCCAAGGGCAAACGAAAACGGGUAUACCAAUGUGCUUUAUGUGGUCAAAUUUUUGCUUCCGGAUACAACCUGAAGGAGCAUGAAUCAGUCCACAACCCAGAACGUCUUAUAAAAUGUCCCUUGUGUCCGAAGGAAUUCAAUCGGCGCAACAAUUACAAACGCCACAUGGUUGUGCACAAAGAACAGUUCAAAUGCACCGAAUGCGACAGAUCAUUCCGGAAUGGCUCAACACUGGAGGAACACAUCAGCACGAAACAUCGAGGCGAACGUCCCCACCAAUGCAAGCAGUGUCCCAAAACGUACCUAACCUCUGCCUCGUUGUUUACCCACGUUCAAGCGAUCCACAAGCAAAACUUCCGAUUCAAAUGCGACAUCUGCUUCAAGUCCUUCCUCACGAAAACCAUCCUGGAGCGCCACACGCUCAAGCACCAGGGAGUAAAGUUCAGCCACUGUCCGCACUGCGACAACAAGUACGAGUCGAACAACUACCUCAAGCAGCACAUUGCCGAGCGACAUCCGGAACAGAUCGAGAACCUCGCGCGGUGUGAGUACUGCGGACUGGGAUAUGCAACGGAUUGCCACUACCGGAAGCACGUUGUCAAGAAGCACCCCGAGCGGUUGGCGCAGUUUGACGAGUGGUUGACGGCAAAGCGAGAAUCGGUCAAGAAUGGUCAGCAAAUAAAUGCGAAAGUUGAGUGAAGUUUGAGAUUUUUUUUAAACGAAAAAAAGUUCCCGAAGCACAAAAACAUCUUAGCAUAGUGCUCCCAACGAAUAGUUGCCUUAAACAACACUCCGUGCUCAAACCUAACCCUUUUCAACGAAUCGUCGCUGCGGUAAACUUUACGCAGUAGGCCUGGCCGCUUUGACAUUUGUUAUGUUUCAAUGCAUUCUAAUGCAAUGGCGCACUACAAAUGUUAAUAAAUGACAAGAAGAAGGCUAGGCGUAAUCCUACCAAUAUUAAGGCUUUCUCCAAGAUCCCUUUGAAAGAGUGGCUGCGCUAGGAUUAGAUUGGAAAAAAAAGUUCUGCGGGCUGUGAAAUAUCUGUUCUUCAAAAUAUAUGCGUUGUUGUUAGUUACUUUGGAGAUUUUAAUUCAAUUUGU